AUGUCUCCAGUCUUACCUGCUUUCUUCUAUCUUGGGCUGUGUGUACUGCAAGCGAUGCAAGCACAGAGUGGCCCAUUCCCUAAGCCUUCACUCUGGGCUGAGCCCAGUUCCCUGGUGGCCCUGGAGCAGUCAGUCACUCUGAGGUGCCAGGGGCCUCCGGUUGUGGAUUUAUAUCGCCUGGAGAAACUGAAAUCUGGGAAAUAUGAAGAUCAAAACUUUCUCUUCAUUAAGAGCAUGCAAAUAAGCCAUGCUGGACGCUACCGCUGCUCAUAUCAGAAUGGGAGUCACUGGUCUCCCCCAAGCGACCACCUUGAGCUAAUAGCUACAGGCGUUUAUGGUAAACCCUCCCUCUCAGCUCAUCCGAGCUCAGCAGUUCCUCCAGGCAGGGACGUGACUCUGCAGUGCCAGACUAAACAUGGUUUUGAUCAAUUUGCUUUACACAAAGAGGGGGAUACUGGGCUUUAUAAGAAACAUGAGAGAUGGUACCGGGCUAAUUUCCCCAUCAUCAAAGUGAGUGCUGCUCACAGUGGGACUUACCGGUGUUACAGCUUUUCCAGCUCAUCUCCAUAUUUGUGGUCAGCCCCCAGUGACCCCCUGGUGCUCGUGGUUACAGGACCCUCUGCAACUCCCAGCCAGGUACCCACAGAGGUACCAUCUCCCACAACAGAAUCCCCCAGGAGAUUUUCUAUCUUACCCUCAACCAAGGUAUCUACAGCUGAGAAGUCUAUGAAUAUCACUGUCCCUCCAGAGGGGUGAAGUCCUCCAUUUGGGUUUUCACACCAGCACUAUGCCAAGGGGAAUCUGGUCCGGAUAUGCCUUGGUGCCAUGAUUAUAAUAUUCCUGGUGGGGCUUCUGGCAGAGGAUUGGCACAGUCGGAAGAAACGUCCACCACCCAGAAUCAGAGCUGUGCAAAGACCACUCCCACCCCUCCCACUGGCCUAG